AUGUAGAAGAAUGGCGUGAAUGGCAGUGAGGAAAGCAUUUCCUAAUGCCACAAGUGGGCGUGAUGGAAGGCAUACGAGACGUGAAUCUCUCCGUCUCGUUCCAACAGGUCGCUCACUUGCUAGAAGAACAACAUGCCAUCAUUACUGGCGGAAGGUCAAGAGAAGGAUGUCCCAUCAUUACUUUUCCCGACACCGGGAAAUUUCUCAAUUUGAGUGAUGAAAAUUUCGCAUUGCUUAUUUCCUACCUGACGUCCGUUCCGAGCCUGCAAGAUAUUGAUAUGGGAUUCGUUCUGGUUAUUGACCGGAGACAUGACAAAUGGAGUUCGGUCAAGGCGACAAUUGCCAAAAUAUCCGGUCGAUUUCCUGCAUUGGUGCGGUUGGCCUUCGUUCUCAGGCCGACUGGAUUGUUGCAAAAGGCCAUCUGCGAAGUAUCUCAGAAGUUUUCUAGUUCCAGCUUGCACAACGAUGAUUUUGCCGCACAGAUUUUCAGUUCUCAUCCAUUCAAGAUUGUGCUUUGCAACGGGAUUGAGGAUCUCAAGCAGCAUUUGGACGCAGGGCAACUUACUUCUGAUUUGGGAGGCACUCUGCCAUAUUCCCAUUCCGAAUGGAUGCAGCAUCGUCUCGUGAGUUGCAAAUUUAUUUUAAUGCAUUUCUGUGAAAGAGAGGCUAUGUAUCCUGCACUGGAGAAAUUUGAUGAAUCUGCGAAGCUGAUUUCGCGACGUCUCCAGGAGUUUUCUAGUCGAAUCCGAGCGAAAGAAGUUCAGCCUGACAUCGCAACACUUCGCUUGUGUCUUGAAAACGAAUCCGCGGAACAGGCUAAGCUGAACCAAGAUCUCGAAUCUGCAGUUCGGUCCGGCGAAACUCUCCUGGCCCUAUUUCGCGAACCCUAUUCCCGAGACCCAGCAGCCCUGUCCCGACUGUACCCAAACCGUGUCCUCAACGUGGCAUCCGUCCAGAGCCUCUUGCUGCAACUCGAAGAGACCCAGCGUCGGUUUUGUAACGAAAUCUGGACCGAACGGAAGUCUGAUCUCGUCGAGAUGCUCGAGUGUCUCAAAUACGAGCUCCAAGUGCGGGAACUCGUGUCAAUGCUGAAGGAGAAUCUGCGGGAAUUGGAUGCACUGGCUGCGAAGAUCUCUCAAGCCGAGACCUUCGCGAUUUUGGAUGAAUUAAGUCAAGAAUUCGUCCGGUUCCGCGAUUGUAUCCAGGAUUCCUUGUUGGAAGGUGAAGAGCUUGAAACCCGAGGUUGGGCUAUGGCUCAACACGCUGCCAACUCUCCCGUGGACCGGAAAUCCGAACACCUGGUGCCGAUUUGCACUGAACUAGGGCAAUUCAAUUCCAGUCUCAAAUCCCGAGUUGCUGAGUGUGACGCAGGUCUUGUGCAUCAACGCCAACUUCUCGCAGAGAUACAAGAGGCAAAUGAAUGGUGUUCUCAGGGCGUAGAGUUGCUUGCGGCGCAGCAAGUUGAGAAAUACGCUUCUGUGGAUUUUGCACAAAAGGCCUUGAGUGAUCUGGAGAAGUUUUUGGAAGGGAGAUCCUCUCUUAGAUUGAUCGUAGAAAACUGUGGGAACGUUGUUGACGUGGACAAAAUGAGGAAACCUAGUAUGGUGAGGACGAGGAUGGAAGACAUUUUGACAAUGUGCGAGAAACGAAGAGUGUGUCUGAAGCGCCUGUCGACGAAGCCGAGCAGACCCGUGCAAACCGUGCAUCCCACAACUGCAUCUCCAGUGGCUGUCGCUGCAGCAGCAGCAGUAGACCAAGUGGACGUUAGACAUGGCUUUAUUGAGAUGGAAACUGAGCAAUACGCAAAGGACAACCGGGAGAUCAACGUUGCCGAUAAGAUUCGUUGUAUAUCCGUCCCAAUGUUGCUGGACUCGUCUAAUGCCGUAGUCAACGAUAUUGUGCAGAGGAAUUCCGGGUCUAAACUGCAUUCAGAUCUGACCGGGUCGUCGACGUCGCUGACGACGGAUGUGAGGAGCGACAGCGGCAGGAGUAGUUGGGACAGCAGAACCGUGCCGAAGCCGGAUGCGAUCACCAUUCAACAGACCGGCGAACGGAAGCGGAAACGGUCCCUGGUUGUCAAGGAGCUGGUGGAUACGGAGCGGGUUUACGUGGCGGAGUUGGACGCCAUUUUGCGGGGCUACAGAGAGCCGUUGGUGCGACGGGAGAUGCAGGAACUGACCCCUGCUGCUCUCUCGGGCAGGGCCGAUGUUCUCUUUGGCAACUUGGAAGACAUUUCCGCCUUUCACCGCGACGUCUUCCUCCUCGAGUUGGAGGCGUCUUUUGAAGAGCCGUGUCUGGUCGCCAAGUGUUUCAUGCAACGCAAGGACCAAUUGUAUCAGUUGUACACAAAAUACUGCCGAAACAAGCCGUCGUCUGAAGACCUGAGGAGACGGGUGGGGGAUAGCAACCCGUUUUUCUUGGAGUGCCAGAGGAACCUGGGUCACAAACUGCCACUAAGUGCCUAUUUGCUGAAGCCGGUGCAGAGAGUCACCAAGUACCAGUUGUUGCUCAAGGAUUUGGUGAGGUACUCGGACCCUGCGGAGUUUGGAAGUCGGGAUUUAGCCGAAGCUUUGGAUGCGAUGUUGGGGGUGUUGAAGAGCGUCAAUGAUUCUAUGCAUCAGGUUGCCAUCCUCGGGUUCCCGAUGACAUUGUUGGAGCAGCAAGGCAGGAUGCUGUUGAACGGUGGUCCGUUUCACGUGUGGAUCACGCAUCGGGAACAGCGGUUCGAUACAGCGAGCGCCAAAAGUGGUCGAAGUCGACUUGCCUUGAACCUGUUGCCUUCUCAGAGAAAGCCGAAAAGUAGACACCUUUUCUUGUAUGAAAAAGCGUUAUUGUUUUGCAAACAAGUGCCGUGGCCGUCGGUGACGAGCUUUGUGGCGUACUGCGGAACUCCUGAUGUCACCUUCGAGUCGCCGUUUGCGUACGAGUUCAAGCACUACUUGAAUAUGAGUGAGGUUGGGAUGACGGAAAAGGUUGGGCGUUCGUCGAAAAAGUUCGAGCUGUGGGUGUCCAGCCGCCACGAGGUGUACGUGCUGCAGGCGCCGAGUGCCGACGCCAAGGCCGAGUGGGUGCGAGAAAUCAAACGGGUGUUGUUUGAGCAACUGCAGAACCUGCGCGGGAAAAACGCCCGACAAUACUCGGGUUUGGUGGCGUUGCGACGCCAGCAUUCGGCUCCGGCGCCAGCGUGGGACGCCUCGAGCGUGUGUUCGAGUCGAGCGUCAUCUAGUAGCUGUAGUCGGAACUCGAGUUGCUCCAAGCGCAUGUCGGCGUCCGUCGACACCAACCGGGUGUCGUACGUGACGGCGGAAGAGAAUGAGGCGGACGAUGACGAAGAUGUGGACGAGGAGGAAGAGGAGGAGUAUGAUGUGGAGUCGUCGUGUUUGGAAGAGGAGAGCGACUGGGAGACUGACACCAUGGCCAGUGGCCUCAUGGGUUUCGAGGCACCACGCGUGUAUGUUUGCUUGGCGGAUUAUUCUCCGCUGGAGCCGUCCGAAGUGGAUUUGGUGGAAGGAGAGGUUGUAGAGGUUGUGCAGACCGGAGGCAUGGGAUGGUGUUACGUGAAAUCCAUGCGGAGUCCAGAGAAGCAGGGUUGGGCCCCCAUGGCCUAUUUGGGCCCAGUUGGAGAAACUGCCUUCUGCAACGGACGUCGGGCCAGGAAGAGUAGUUCUCGGUCUGGCCGUCGGGCCACGAAUCCUGACCCUCCUCCGUCGUCCAUCGCAUGACCAUCAUUCAUCCUCGAUCAAUAAAAGAAUAAAGAAAGAAGAAGAAAACGCUGAAGCAAUUUUUGAUGCCAAAGUUGGUGAAAACAGGUAACUAAUUCUGGUACUAGGUGUUUCGCUCCUGGUAAAGUCUCGGUUGCAUUUUUUUGUGUCUUUGGUCACACGCCAGUCUUGGUCAGCUAACAAAAGAAACCGUUUUGUUUUUAUUAUUGUGUGUUCAUCCCGCCAGGAAAAAAAUGGCGAUUUUUGUUUUUACUCGGUGCGAGCAACGAUUGAGAGAGGAGGAGAGAGUGAGGCUGCUAAAAAACAUGAUUUGCAAAAAGGAGAAAAUCCGUGUUUUUGUUGUCUUUCGUUAACAAAAGAAGAAAAAACAUUGUAUUCGAGUCGGAGAUGUUGAAUCCAUUGGGUCUUGAGCUAACGAAGAAAUGCUGUGAUGGAAGAAGGAAGAUGAAGGAAAACUUACUCACUUGACGAAAAGGAAACAUGUUACAGGACUCGGAAAAAAAUUCUUCCAGCUGUUUUUUUUUUUUUUUUUUUUUUUUUUUUUUAU